UCCAUCAAGCUCGUAGUAGAGGAUGUGCUAUAAAGCAAUCAAGAAUAAAAGCACGCCUGUGUUUCGCGUGAUACAGCGCCUCCUAGCAUCUUCCAUCCAACAAUGGUCCUCUUCCGUCAAAUACUUGCUCUCACAAUCUCACUCGCGAGAUUAUGUAGAGCCUUUGACGCGAGCAGCAGAACCUGUCCGGAAUACACACGGCUAUGCUUAACUUCAUUCAUCUGGUGCGGUCGAGAAGGCCAAAGCCAGAAUCACAACGACUGUUCAUGGCCUGAAAAUGUCUAUCCCACGAUCCCUAAGGACUAUGCCGGCCCACCUGCAAUCAUACUUCGCGGAGCCGUGUACAAUGUUUCAUGGACAGGUGCCAACCAAAACUACCCAGUACAGCUGACCUGGGACUUGCCAUGCAUCACAGACGGAGGCAACUGCGUGAACGAGAGUCGGAUCUUUUGGCAAUACAGUCAGUCAGCCCAAUGAUUUGCCACGAUCUUUGCUGACGCCGUACCAGACACAUCUGUACCUCCGCCAAGUUCAAUCACG